AUGGAGCACUGGGAGAAGAAGAAUAACGAAGAAGCAGAGAACCGGUUCCAUCGUCUGCCCGACGACGUCAUAGUGCACAUCUUCGACAAGGUCUCCGACAUUAAAUGGCUGUGCAGAUGCUUCAUGGCCUCCAAGAGAUUCUCUUCCCUCGUCCCUCGCGUCCAAACACUCUCCGUCAACAGCAACAUCUGGGAUUCCUUCUUGAAAUCCUGCACUGAUUCCCACAGCGAGGAGAGAGAGAAUCCCCAAGGACCCAUUUUCCUUGAAAAAUUCUCCGAAUUCUUCAUCGGCACCUUGGUCUUCCAACCCCUUCGAUACUUCCACGAUGCUUCCUAUCCCUUUCCUUUUUCCCGGCUGAAUUUCCUUGAUCUGGUGUUCCAAUUGAAACAGAUUCGGUCUCUGAAUCUCGAGCUUAUCUCCGAUUUCAGCGAUGACGAUGAUUCUGUUUUCACAUGGGGGGUCAAAUUCACGGCCGAAAUCGACAGCUUCACGUUUCUCUAUGCAAAAUCCCUCUCUAGAACGAUGAAUUCUGAAGCAGAAGAAGAUGCAACUGAGAAUAUUGAGAUAGCUUGGAAAGAGAUGUUUCAUUCAGUAAAAGUAGCCAAGAGGUGUGCAAAAUACGCAGGGUGGUGGCUAGGAGUCUUGUCUCAUGUUUUCGCAAAAUUCCCAAUACUUGAGAGCGUUACCAUCACGGAUUGGAAGAACAAGGGGGUGAAGCUCUGUUUGGGUGGUGAAAAGCUUGUGGAAUGCAGGAAUACUUUGGAUACAAAAUCAAUGAUUUCGCCGAAAUUGGCCGAUGCAUGGUGGCGAGAGCAAGGGCACGCAAGGGUUAGCUAUUUGCCUGUUUUACAGCUACCAAUUACUGGGUAUGUGAUGAAAGGGGUGACUUUUGUUAACUUCAAAAAGUCUGGUAAGGAUUUUGAGUCCAAUACCGCCAUGUUGGAUGCCUUUGCGGAGGAACAAGGUCCUUUUUUGGAAGCCUUGGAGCAGAUUCUGGAAAAACAUAAGGACAGCAUCAAGGGAUUUUUCUACGAAUAUAAUUGA